AUGGCCAAAAAGAAGCCCGAAGGUCGGUCUCCCAGGGAGCGGGCCCUGGAUGACUUGGUCAUGUCUACGAACAGUAGCAGUAUUGUAUCCAAGAGAAGUGUGGAACGCAUCUAUUAUCCUGACGAGCCUCACUUCUUUCGCUUCUUUGUCAAGAAGUUUCAGCGGCGCUCCCCCCUCAUCAACCGUGGAUACCAUAUUCGACUUCACGUCAUUGACGUGGCUGUAAGAAACUUUCUCCGGAAGCCUUCGCUAAAGCGCAAAGUCGUCAUCAAUCUCGGCGCUGGAUUCGACGUGCUUCCUUGGCAGUGCAUGACCAGAUACCCGGAUUCGUGCAAGAAUGCCAGGUUCAUCGACAUUGACUUUCCAGAUCUCAUGGAGAAAAAGCGCAAGGUCAUACAGGAGACGACCGAGCUCAAUUCGAUGCUGACCCGCCUCGAUGUCUCCAAAGACCCGCUGGUGUUCCUGCAAAGUGACGAGUACAUACAAAUGGGUUGCGACCUAAGGGAUCUCGACAAGAUACAACAAUCCAUCUCCCAGCUAGUGGAUCUUGAGGAUUGUGAAUUCAUCUUCGUUGCAGAGGUUUCCAUCACAUACAUGGAAACGGUAGCCGCCGAUGCCGUCAUCAAGUGGGCAAACUCGCUGGGCCAAGCCGAGUUCUGUCUGCUGGAGCAGAUCUUACCUGAUGGUGCCGAGCAUCCCUUUGCUGAAACCAUGUUGCGCCACUUCGAGAAGCUCAAGACUCCUCUCAAGUCGGUACUAGCCUACCCAACCCUGCAGUCGCAGAGAGACCGCUUUACUCACCUGGGCUGGUCAAACGUGCACGUAGAAACCCUUUGGAGUGCUUGGUCCUCUGCUACAUAUCUAACUACAGAGGACCGAAAGAAACUCAACGGCAUUGAGCCAUUUGAUGAGUGGGAGGAGUUUGCCGUGUUUGGUGGUCAUUACUGCGUUGUCUCGGCCACAAACAGGUUGAAGCAAAGUCAGGGCCAGACAGAAUGUGCGGCAGACAGUCUAGCCCAGUCAUCCUCAAACCUACCGUCAGUUGAAGUUGAAACCGAGUUCGGCGAAACCCCACGUACCUGUCAACGACGGUUUGGAGCAUCAAUGUUGUUGCAAGACUACACCGGUCAAGAAUACGCUGCAAAUCUCUUUGGUCUCGGAAAUACCAGCCGUUUGUCGUCUGUCGAUCUGUACGGCCAAGAUUCAGCGACGGUCGACAUGAAACCAACUGGGCCUCCAAGUAGAAUGUGCCAUACCGUCGUCGACCUCGGACUCCAUGGAAACAUCCUGAUUGGAGGCCGGGCAUCUCCGUCCGCUCCGUUGAAGGACUCGUGGGUCUUUGACAAGGUUCGAAAGUCAUGGCGGAAGGAUCGCGAUCUCCCAGUGCCUCUAUAUCGACAUGCAACGACGAGGCUCGGGCAUUCAAGCUUAGCUCUUACCAUCGGCGGCAAGACCGGGCCGUCCACAGUUUACGAAGGCUGCCUCCUCUACGUUCCCGAUAAAGGCUGGCUAGAAUGUGAAAUCCUCGGACAACCCCAUGCACCAGUAUUUGGCGCCGUCGUGGUCAGUAUCACUGGCAACCGAUCAAGCGCCUUUGGUGGUAUCCUGCUGGGAGGUCUACUCGAGGAUGGUGUCCUGGCUAGGCAAUAUCUACGGUGGAAUCUUUCGAUAACUAAUCUGGAGAAACCCACGAUCUGCUUCAGCCCAAUCACAGCCCAAGAUGAGCAAUACGGUCUGUUGGAUCGGUUUGGAGCUACUGCCGUCGCGUAUAAGCCCGGUCGGCUUGUCAUCAUUGGCGGAAUCGUCAAGGGACAGGUACUGGACCACAGCCAUGAAAUAUUGCUCGUUGGCAUCUCGGACGAGAGUCUAAGCAUAGUAUCUACCUGUCAAAUAGACGUUAGCUCAACGUUACCCAGACCUGUUUUGCUUGGGAUAUCCACCGUACAGGAUGCACAAGGUCGUGUAUUGCUCACGGGUGGUGGUGCAACCUGCUUCUCCAUGGGGACGUACUGGAACAAUGGCUAUUAUGUGUUGGGCUUCAACGACGGCUAUACUGGCACGUUACCUGCGCCCGUCGAACAACUGCCGAAAUGGACAUUUGCUCAGACACUCGAGCUCACCAGCACCCCGGUACAAUACAGGACUGCCGACUCAAGCGCUCGGGAUGGACGGCCUGAAGUACAGACACUACCGAGAGUCAAGCUGGCAUCUUCUGCCGAGUUUGACAAGAUCUUGAAGGCUGGCCAGCCUGUAGUCAUUGAGAAAGCAAAUCUAGGUAGCAGCGUAUCGACAUGGACACCCGAAUACCUCGUUUCCAAGAUCGGCAGGGGUCGAAGUGUCGUGGUACACGAGUCUACCACCGCCAAGAUGGACUUUAACUCCAAGAACUUCAAGUACGUGACCAAGGAGUUUGGCAGCUUCGUAGACGAGGUCCAAAAGGGAGGCCGCAUGUAUCUGCGCGCGCUUUCCGAGGAGAAGCCGGCCGACAGGCCAGCCAAUCUUGCCGAGGACUUUCCGAGCCUGGCAGAGGACUUUGUACUACCACCAGAGGUUUCUUUCGUUGCGGACAAUACAUUUAGUUCCGUGCUUCGGAUUUCCGGCUCGGUGAAUAUGUGGCUUCACUAUGACGUCAUGGCAAACAUCUACUGCCAGAUAGCUGGCACAAAACGCCUGGUACUCUUCCCGCCAGCUGAUGUCACGGAACUUUCCUUUGCGCCGGGAGCUUCGAGCUCUAGCUUGGACGUCUUUGCGGAGCUCGACACGGCCUCGCUGGCCAACACUCGUCCUCAUGAAGCCAUUCUCGAGCCGGGGGACAUUCUUUUCCUCCCUCCGCUCUGGCUUCACACGGCUGCCCCCGUGAGCGGUCUAGGUAUUGCUGUAAAUGUCUUCUUCCGCAAUCUGGAAGGAGGUUACUCAGCCGGCCGGGACGUGUAUGGCAAUCGUGAUCUUGCAGCCUAUGAAAAGGGUCGUCAGGACGUCACCAAGAUGGCCAGCGCGUUUGGCAAAGUUCCCGUGGAGAUCAGGGAGUUUUAUGUAAAGCGAUUAGCUAGCGAACUAUUACAGAAACUCCAUGAAUGA